UAAUGAGUUUCUGUUCUCUUCUCACUCGAUGUGUUUCAUGCGUUUAUUGUCGUGUUUUCUUCAGUUUGUGUUGUGUGUUUGAGGCCGGCUAGUGUUUCAAUGACGCCAUGAUGUUAUUUUUACUCGAUGAGCUCACGAGCACUUCGUCUGAGAUCUACUAGCGUUACUACUUAUCCGAUCAGUUUUACUAGUAUUAACUUACUAGUCAUCUCCUGUGAGGAUUCAUUUCAACAUGAGCUGGACUCAAACUUUAAUGAUUCAGAAGUUGAUGCUGGAUUUGCAGAGAGACUAUGAGGAAAAGCACCACUAAUAUUGGAUCUGACAAAAAUGACACAGCAGUAUACACAGUGUAUGAGGUCCUCAGUGGCAAGGAGGUGUGUGAGGUGAUCGCAUUGCUGUCAAUGAGUAAAACCCCUGCAGUGAUGUAAAGACCCCCCCCCCUCGUCCCUCAGCACGUCACAUCACAGAGUCAGGAGACGACCGUGUGUUUCUUUCUCCUUUACGCAUUCCUUUUCUCUUGUCCUCUUCUUUUUUUUUUUUGGCUGGGCCUCAGGCCGUCCGUGGAACACCACCAGGGUGACAUCAUCAGUUACUGCCACAAUGGGGCCGUUCAUCUCCUGAGGGCCCCCGAGGGCCACAUUAGUUCUCUCUCUGUCGAGGGAAGACGCAGUGAGACAGGAAGAACAGUAAGACAGAGGGGUCAUGAGUUCAGUGCGGCCCAUCGGGGCAGAGGCGCUGGUGGCCUUGCUGGAGGGCGGUUUGGACCGGGUGCUUCUGAUUGACAGCCGCCCGUUUGUGGAAUACAACACGUGUCAUAUCCUGGAGGCUGUGAAUGUCAACUGCUCCAAAUUGAUGAAAAGAAGAUUACAACAAGACAAAAUACAGAUUACUGAACUACUGCAGCAUUCAGCCAAAAGAAAGUUUGAAGUUGAGAAUCAAGAAGUUGUUGUGUAUGAUCAGAGCUCACCAGACCCCGCCUCACUUUCAUCUGAAGCUUUUCUCAGCAUCUUACUGGCCAAACUGGAGAAAUGUUUCACAUCUGUUCAUCUGCUCUCAGGUGGAUUCGGAGAGUUCUCGCAUUUGUUCCCAGGCCUGUGUGAAGGCAAGUCCACAUUGGUUCCGUCCUGCAUUUCUCAGCCGUGUCUCCCUGUCACUAACACGGGACCCACGAGGAUCCUGCCCCACCUGUACCUGGGCUGUCAGAGAGAUGUUCUCAACAAGGAGCUCAUGCAGCAAAAUGACAUCGCUUACGUACUCAACGCUAGUAACACGUGUCCAAAACCUGACUUCAUCGCAGAAUCGCAUUUCUUGCGAGUGCCGGUGAAUGACAGCUUCUGUGAGAAGAUUCUGCCAUGGCUGGACAAAUCAGUGGACUUCAUAGAGAAAGCCAAGGCCAACAACAGAAGAGUUCUGGUUCAUUGCCUGGCUGGAAUCUCUCGCUCGGCCACGAUAGCCAUCGCUUACAUCAUGAAGAGAAUGGACAUGACGUUAGAUGAAGCGUACAGGUUUGUAAAGGAGAAAAGGCCCACCAUCUCACCUAACUUUAAUUUCCUGGGUCAGCUGCUGGACUUUGAGAAGAAGCUCAAGCAUGCGAGUGAAACAGCUGCCAAACUUGAACCGCCGCAGGUGGAUCCAUUAGAGGAGCUAAACCGCGGGCGAGGAACGGAGGAUGGUGGAGCGCCGGGGCCUGAUGACGUCCCUGAGAGACAUUUACCGACUCGGGCCCUUUGCGGUCUGCAGCUUGGUGAUGAGCCGGAGGAGAACGCCAGGCCCAAGCGCUCUUUCUCGCUGGACAUUAAGUCGUACGGUGAGUCUGGAGCAUCGGUGCGAAAGUUAGCCACGCGUUCUGUUAGCGGUGACAUCACAGAGCUCUACAAACCUGUGUUUAAAGAGUCAGCCAGCAAACCCUGUCAGUUUUCCCCUGUUCAGGAAGUUUCAGAACAAAGUCCAGAGAAGGAACGUGCUGAAGAACGCAACAGCACAGGUGCAGAUAAAACCAAUACCCCGUCCAAACCGCAGUCGGGCUCAGUGAAACUUGGCGCGAAAGCAUCAUGUUCGCAGUCGUUACAUCGCAGCGGCAGCAUGGAUGAAACCCAGACAGAAUUUCCGUCUCGAUCCCAGCAGCACUUGUCCAAAGCCGGGAUGGGCGUGCUGAAGGGCUGGCACUCGGACAUCCUCCUGGGUCCAGUAGCCGGUGCCUGGUACCUCUCCUCUGAAUCUGCCCGGUUCUACUCCGCGUCAGCCAUAUUCAGCGGCACCGCAGGGAAUCCAAACAGCUCGGCUGCGUACGGGUGUGGUCAGGAUUCGGAAGCCGUGCGGAGGCGGGGACGGCAGCGCGGUGGGGACUGCGGAGAUUCCCGCAGGAGCUGGCAUGAGGAGAGCAGCUUUGAGAAACAGCUGAAGCACAGGAGCUGCCAGAUGGAGUUUGGAGAUGGGAUGUCAGAGAAUCACUCAAGAGAGGAGAUCGGAAAAACAGGCAGUCAGUCCAGCUUCUCCGGUAGCUUGGAAAUCAUUGAGGUCUCCUGAGAUCUGUAUUGGACUGUGAUCGGAGCACAAGAUUUUCCUCAAUGUUUGUAGAUGAAAACUGCAGCUUGAACGCAUCAUUGAAUGUUACUUGCAUUUGUUUGGAUGAGAUCUGUGUCGUUGUUUCGACUGAAAACUGAGUGUUCUCAAAAAUCUGAACCAGACUGACAGAGGCUCAGUGCGCAAACAACAUCAUACAGAUGCAUUUAUGAUCUGAAGUCUCUCUUUCUCUUCAAACACACGCAUGCACAACAUGACAACUAUCUAGUACCUCAAAUAUUCAAAAUUAAGGCUUCGUCUUUUGACUUUUCACAUUGAUAUGUAGCUCCUUGACAAUUGUGAUCUCAGGUCUUUAUUUUCAGCAGGAAUCUGUGUUUGUAGUGGUUUGUCCUGGUAGUCUGUUGUGAUGGUUCACAGUAUCAGUGGAGAUUAUGAAUGACGUCUACUGGUCAACAAUAACGGCAAACACACAAAUCUUGAUUAUUUUCGUGUAUAUAAGGGCUGAUGACAGGUCAUCUCUCAACAUCAGAGCUGGAGUUAUUGGCUGUCAGGAGUUAAAGAUUACCUCUGUUAAAAUCUGUUCACAACUCUCUCCCAGUGUGCGGGCAUCACAACACAACACUUAAACCAUCUUAACUUUGACACAUUUUGCUGUUGAUCUUUUUAAAGGAGCCCGGUGAUUUCUAGAAACUGCAGUGACCACGACAAUAUGACAUCACAGCUGGGGUGUAACGAUAAAUCGUGGGAUUUGCUUGCUGUUCUUCUCAAUAAAUUAUGGUGAAAUGCCGCUACAUACAAAAGCCAAAGGAUGCUCUCGUGCAGAAACUCAAUAUGCGCCGCAGAAGAAGUACAGGUGCAGCUCCAGGAAAUGCAUAUAGGCAUAUUUAUAUUGCUGUUCUUCGAACCUCUUCAGGUAUUUUCAUGAUAAUAAAGAAUAUGUAUAAUGAUAAUGUUUGACAAGUGUUGCUUUUUUGAAAUGCAAGUUAUAAAUGACUCAAACUAACAAUGAUUUUAGAUUAAUAAGGACUUCCUAUUGAUCAAAGAGCCAUGAUACAUGAAAGAGCUGUGCAUAAUAUCACCUUUGCAUUUCAGAAUCAAUAUCAGACAGGUAUUGUUAGUGCACAUGUCGCGAUUUAUCGUUACACUCCUACAUCACAAUAAUUAUAUGUUAGCUGCUUUAAAUAAGUUAACGUGUAUACUGGACAGACUUUUGUUCCUGCUUUUCUUUCACCAUAAUAAAACAUCUUUGUUCUUGUAAUGUAACGUUAUAAUACAUUUUGUUUACAAAAACAAUGGCACGCAUUUAAGCAUUAAAGAAACACGCCCAGAUUUUGGGAAUUUAGCUUAUUCACCGUAUCCCCCAGAGUUAGAUAAGUCCAUACAUACCUUUCUCAUCUCCGUGCGUCCCGUAACUCUGUCUGACGCAGCCCCCGCUAGCUUAGCUUAGCACAAAGCCUGGAAGUGAAUGGCUCCAGCUAGCAAACUGCUCCCAAUAAGUGACAAAAUAACGCGAACAUUUUCCUAUUUAUGUGUUGUGAUUUGUAUAUUCACACCGUGUACAAAUAACAAGGUGAUAUGAGACACAGCGAUCUUUUAACAGUAUACAUACUGGGAACUAUAUUCUGAGAAGACGAAGCACUGCUACGUGGGCGGAGUGAUUUGCUCGCAGCACCCGAGAAGCCCCUGGUGAGGAGCAGAGAGUUCGGUCAGAGUUGUGCAAAUCACUCCGCCCAUGUAGCAGUGCUUCGUCUUCUCAG